AUGUCCGUGGUGCCCGUGUUUCCAAGCCAGGACCCUCUAGAUCACGCAGACUUCAAUGCUGUGGAAUACAUCAACACCUUGUUCCCGACAGAGCAGUCUCUGGCAAAUAUUGAUGAUGUCGUGAACAAAAUCAGGCUGAAAAUAAGGAGACUGGAUGACAACAUCCGCACUGUUGUGAGAGGGCAAACAAACGUGGGGCAGGAUGGAAGGCAAGCACUUGAGGAGGCCCAGAAAGCCAUCCAGCAACUCUUCGGCAAGAUCAAAGAUAUCAAAGACAAAGCAGAGAAAUCGGAGCAAAUGGUUAAAGAGAUCACGCGCGAUAUUAAGCAGUUAGAUCACGCCAAACGUCAUCUGACCACCUCAAUCACAACGCUGAACCACCUGCACAUGCUGGCAGGCGGCGUCGACUCCCUCGAGGCCCUGACCAGGCGAAGACAAUAUGGAGAAAUCGCCAAUCUCCUUCAAGGAGUGAUGAAUGUGCUGGAGCACUUCCACAAGUACAUGGGAAUCCCACAGAUCCGGCAGCUUUCCGAAAGAGUGAAGGCUGCCCAGACCGAGCUAGGACAGCAGAUCCUGGCCGACUUCGAAGAAACGUUUCCUUCCCAGGGUACCAAGAGACCGGGAGGACCCAGCAAUGUCCUAAGAGAUGCGUGCCUGGUUGCUAAUAUUUUGGACCCUAGAAUCAAACAGGAAAUUAUCAAGAAGUUUAUUAAGCAGCAUCUGUCAGAGUAUCUAGUGCUCUUUCAAGAAAACCAAGACGUUGCCUGGUUGGACAAAAUCGAUAGACGCUAUGCCUGGAUAAAGCGCCAGCUUGUGGACUAUGAGGAGAAAUACGGUCGGAUGUUUCCACGUGAGUGGUCCAUGACCGAGAGGAUUGCAGUGGAAUUUUGUCAUGUCACAAGGACGGAACUUGCCAAGAUCAUGCGCACCAGAGCUAAAGAAAUUGAGGUGAAAUUGCUACUUUUUGCUAUUCAGAGAACAACUAACUUUGAGGGGUUCCUUGCGAAACGCUUCUCCGGCUGUACCCUGACAGAUGGAACCCUGGAAAAGCUCGAGUCUCCGCCCCCGUCCACCAAUCCUUUCCUGGAAGAUGAACCGGCAGCCGAGCUGGAGGAACUGGCGAUGGAGAAAGGAAACUUAGAGCAACCAAAGAAGCCGAAAGCCCCCGACAAUCCCUUCCACGGCAUCGUCUCCAAGUGCUUCGAGCCUCACCUCUACGUGUAUAUCGAGUCCCAGGACAAAAACCUUGGCGAGCUGAUAGACCGCUUUGUGGCUGAUUUCAAAACCCAGGGGCUCCCGAAGCCCAACACCGACGAAGGUGGGGCUGUGCUCCCCAGCUGCGCCGACCUCUUUGUCUACUACAAGAAGUGCAUGGUGCAGUGCUCCCAGCUCAGCACUGGGGAACCAAUGAUCGCGCUGACCACCAUUUUCCAGAAGUACCUCCGGGAAUACGCCUGGAAAAUCCUCUCUGGCAACCUGCCCAAAACCACCAGCAGCAGUGGAGGGCUGACCAUCAGCAGCCUCCUCAAGGAAAAGGAGGGCUCUGAAGUGGCCAAGUUCACCCUAGAGGAGCUCUGCCUCAUCUGCAGCCUCCUGAGCACAGCAGAGUACUGUCUGGCCACCACCCAGCAGCUAGAAGAAAAACUCAAAGAAAAAGUUGACGUAAGCCUGACGGAGCGCAUCAACCUGACUGGAGAAAUGGACACGUUCAGCACCGUCAUCUCGAGCAGUAUCCAGCUGUUGGUUCAAGAUCUUGAUGCCGCGUGCGAUCCUGCCCUGACUGCUAUGAGCAAGAUGCAGUGGCAGAAUGUGGAGCACGUUGGUGACCAGAGCCCCUACGUCACCUCCGUCAUUCUUCACAUUAAGCAGAAUGUCCCCAUCAUCCGAGACAACCUCGCUUCCACGCGGAAGUACUUCACUCAGUUCUGCAUUAAGUUUGCAAACUCCUUCAUUCCCAAAUUCAUCACCCACCUCUUCAAGUGCAAGCCAAUUAGCAUGGUGGGAGCCGAACAACUGCUGCUGGACACCCACUCCCUGAAGAUGGUGCUGCUGGACUUGCCCUCCAUCGGCUCGCAGGUGGUGAGGAAGGCGCCGGCCAGCUACACCAAGAUCGUGGUGAAGGGCAUGACCCGCGCCGAGAUGAUCCUCAAGGUGGUGAUGGCCCCGCAUGAGCCGCCACAGGUGUUUGUGGACAACUAUAUCAAACUCCUGACGGACUGCAACACAGAAACCUUCCAGAAGAUACUGGACAUGAAGGGCCUGAAGAGGAGCGAGCAGAGCAGCAUGCUGGAACUCCUGCGCCAGAGGCUGCCUACCCCGCCCGCUGCAGGGCCGGAGGGCGCCAGCCCACUGUCCCUGAUGGCCCCCACGCCGGAGCAGGAAUCAUCUCGCAUCCGGAAACUGGAGAAGCUAAUUAAAAAGAGACUGUAGGUACCUACGAGGGAGCAGCUUUACCUCCCGGCUGGCGACCCUCAGCAGCCCGUGCCCCAGAAUCGCUGACCCCCACUGUCCUCCCCAUGACUCUCAGUUCGUCGGCCCCAAGACCUGGGGGGUGCCAAGGUGGAUGCAGCCCCGUCAGGGCAGGGUUUAUAAAAGAGCAACGUAAAU